AAAGAGAAUGAUGUCUAGCAGUGAUGUAGCCUGUUACAACUUACUUAGAAUGCAUAGAUCAACAUUUGAUAAGUUGUGUUCUAUGCUAACGGAUGUGGGUGGUCUUAAACCUAGUAAGAACAUGCUUGUAGAUGAACAAGUUGCCAUGUUUUUACACAUACUAGCACAUCAUGUGAAGAAUAGAGUAAUACAACAUAACUUUGGUAGAUCGGGAGAAACUAUUAGUAGGCAUUUCAACUCAGUACUUACUAGUAUGAUGAGACUUGGAGAUAUGUUGUUGAAGAAACCAGAGCCAGUGGCUGAUGACUCUAGCGACGAAAGGUGGAAGUGGUUUAAGCUGAACAAACAUGUCAAGUAGGUCUGGAAAAUCAGACAAGCACAUGUGGACACCCGAAGAGGAUGAAUUAUUAAUUCAAUCCAUGAUGGUGCUACAUGAUAAGGGAGAACUUGUAUCUGACAAUGGUUUAAGGCCACGUGUCUUAAACACUUUGAAGGACAUGCUUGAUGGUUUGAUACCUGGAAGUGGUAUUAAAGCCCAUCCCCAUAUUCAGUCAAGAGUUAAGAAGUUAAAAAUUAACUAUGGUGUGGUUUCUGACCUUCUUAAUUUAUCUGGUUUUGGUUGGGACCCUGAAAAGAAAUGUGUGACAGCUCCCAAGACUGUUUGGGAUGAAUAUGUGAAGGUAAACAAGAAAGCUGCUAAAUGGAGAAACAAGACUUUCCCCCAUUAUGAUGAGCUAUCUAAUAUCUUUGGGAAGGAUAGGGCAAAUGGAAAGGAUGCUCAAACGUAUGAAGAUAUCGUUGAAGAGUUUCAUGAUCAACAUGGGUUUACUUCACCCGUAGAAGAUACUCCUACUGAGCACAUUCCAACUGAUUCUCAAAUGGAUGGAUCACAUGCCAAUACUUCACCACAAGAGAACUCUCCAACUGAGCUGUCCCCUUCUGAUGCAACUUCCGGAGCGAAAAAGAGGAAGCGAAACAGCACUGAAGCUCAACCUUCCAUGCUUGAAGGCAUGAAAAUGAUUGUUCAAACACUAGCUGAUGGGUUGAAGGAGUCAUCUGAGCGUUUUGGCAUGCACCUUGAUAGAGUUGAACGUGAGAAACGUAUUGAUGGCAUGAGGUCGUCUCUCCUUGUUGAGUUGAAGAAGGUUGAAGGACUUUCCCACCAAGAACGUCUCAAGGCAUAUGUGAAGAUUAUUGGUGAUGAGAAUAUGCUAAUUGGCUUUUAUUCCAUGCCUGAAGAGGAUAAAGCUGAUGUGAUUCGCGAAAUAAUAGCAUAAGCUAGUAUUAGUGUCACUUGAUAUUUUGGUGUAUCUCGAUUUUUUGGUGAUCCUUAGUAAAGUUGCAAGAGGAUCCUUUAUAUGUAAUGUCAUGUUUAGAUGUCUAAUUUUUUGUGUAAGAUAUGGCAUAUCUUACUUGGGUGCUUGGAUAUAUGAGUAGCACCAUUGACUAUAUUUUGUUUCAAAGUAAGAUAUAGAGUAUCUUGCUUCCUUGACCUUAUUAAUUAUGAUAUGAUAAAUGACAUCCUUUGUUUCAUGUUUUA